CCCCUUCGGAUUUUAUUUUAUUACACACAUCGAUUGUCUUCCCGUGGAAACGGAGGUUCGAAGAACGGAACGGAUCAACUGCUCUGCCUGAAAUCUUCAUUACCAAACACCCAAAUCCAAAUCCGUACGAAGAUUAAACCCCAUAAGGAAAAAAAAAAAACAUUCUUAACUGUUUUUAUUCUUUUUGUUUGCUUUGGUUUCUCGAGAGACGAACAAAGACGUUUCCUUUUCUGUGAAUUCUGUUGAAUCUUUCACUGGCAAAUGAGCUAUCGUUCAUGGCUGCCAUGUUCUUGCAGCCAUGGCCGUUUCUUCUCCAUCUAACCCUAGUUCUCUUCCUUUUACCUCCUCCUUCGUUAUCCCAAUCCGGGUCACCGCAAAACAUCGAAACCUUUUUCCCAGAUGACGCCCUCGCCCCCGCGCCUCCGCCGCAGCCAGGCCUUUCUCCGCCUCCGCCGCCAAAAUCAUCCUCCGACAGGGCGGCGAUCACUAGGGCUGUGCUGAUAACGGCGGCGAGCACCGUCGUUGUGGCGGCGGCGUUCUUUUUCUUCCUCCAGAGAUGCGUCAUCGCGCGGCGGAGGAGAGACAGAGUGGCGGCGGAGACAGCCCUGCGACCGGCUCCUCCUCUGCUGCCGCAGAUGGCGUUGGCGCGAGAAGGGUUCACGAGGAUUGGCGGGGGCGUGAAGGGUGUGAUCGUGGACGAGAACGGUCUCGAUGUGUUGUAUUGGAGAAAGCUUCAGAGGGACAGAAGUGGAAGUUUCAGGAAGGAGGUCGUGAACGGAGACGACGAUGGUGAAGAGAAGAAGGUCGUUUAUUACAAGAACAAGAAGAAGUCUGAGCCUGUUGUGUCCGAAAUUCCUCUUCUCCGAGGAAAAUCAUCGACUUCUCAUAGUGUAAUCCAUCACGAAACUCGGAAAAAUCACAGAGAUGCUACCAUACCUCCUCCCGACAAGAUCAAAUCCUUUUCCUUUAGAACACACGAGAGCUCCGACACCGACUAUGAGCCAUCGCCACCGGCGGAGAGCCAGAUAUCCUCGGCAGCUCCGCCUCCACCACUACCGCAGGUUCCGGCAAAGAUAGCCUCAACGCCGCCACCGCCACCGCCUCCUCCGCAUGUCCCGGCGAAGAAGGCUCCUUCGCCGCCGCCUCCACCUCCGCCGGCGAAGAAGGCGGCGGCUCUGGCGUCAUCGUCGUCAAAGCCACCGCCUGCGCCAAAAGGAGCGAGUGCAGAGGGGGGUUCAAGUAAUGGUCAGGUGAAGCUGAAGCCUCUGCAUUGGGAUAAAGUCAACCCUGAUUCCGAUCAUUCCAUGGUCUGGGAUAAGAUCGAUCGCGGCUCUUUCAGUUUCGAUGGGGAUCUAAUGGAGGCUCUGUUCGGCUACGUCGCGAAGAAAUCGCCUGAACGAGACGGUGACAAGAAACAGGGCUCAAGCUCACCAUCCCAGAUUUUCAUUCUCGACCCGAGGAAAUCUCAGAACACUGCAAUCGUGAUCAAAUCUCUUGGCAUAACUCGGGAAGAGCUCGUCGAUGCAUUCACAGAUGGCCACGAUUUCGCAGCCGACACUCUCGAGCGGCUGGCGAGAAUAGCUCCGACCAAAGAGGAGCAAUCAGCUGUUCUUGAUUUCGACGGCGACCCGAGAAACCUCGCCGACGCGGAAUCAUUCCUGUUUCAUCUCCUCAGAGCCGUGCCCUCUGCUUUCACACGGCUCAACGCCUUGCUUUUCAAGGCAAACUACUAUCCAGAGAUCACCCAUCACAAGCAGUGCCUUCAGACACUAGAGGCGGCCUGUACAGAGCUAAGGGCUCGUGGGUUGUUCGUCAAGCUUCUAGAGGCGAUACUGAAGGCGGGAAACAGGAUGAACGCCGGAACGGCACGGGGCAAUGCUCAGGCAUUCAAUCUCACUGCCCUUCUGAAACUCUCAGACGUGAAGAGCGUGGACGGGAAGACCACAUUGCUUCACUUUGUGGUGGAGGAGGUCGUCAGGUCAGAGGGGAAACGCUGUCUGAUGAACAAAAGGAGCUUAAGCUUGAGCCGCAGCCAUGGCGGUUCGAACUCUGAAACCGACCAGGCUUUGUCGAAAGAAGAACAAGAGAAGGAGUACUUGAAGCUCGGUCUCCCAACCGUCGGUGGCUUGAGCAGUGAGUUCUCCAACGUGAAGAAAGCUGCCGGAAUAGACUAUGAUGCGGUCAGUACGACAUGUUCUGCUCUGUCGGCCAGAACCAAGGACACAAGAAAAGUGCUUACACAGUGCGAGGGAGAGAGAGAAGGAGGUCGUUUCCUGAAGAAGAUGACGGCGUUUCUGGAUUCAGUGGAAGAAGAAAUGAAGAUGGGGAGAGAGGAAGAAGCGAAGGUGAUGGAGUCUGUGAAGAAGACGACGGAAUAUUUCCAGGCAGGAGCUCUGAAGGGGAAGAACCCACUUCAGCUAUUUGUCAUCAUAAGGGAUUUUCUAGGACUGGUUGAUAAGGUAUGCGUAGAGAUAGCGAGGAAUCUGCAGAGGAGGAAGACAGGAACUCCACCAGGCUCGCCCCCGUCGAGGAACGCCGUGAAAUUUCCGGUCCUGCCUCCGAAUUUCAUGUCCAGUGGAUCAGAUUCCGACCAGUGAAGAGACUGAAAUUCGUCGUCCGGUGUAAAUAAUAUACAUUUCUUUCAACUCCUGAAUUGUUUAUAAGAUGAAGAAUCCAACAUUUUUCUGCAUAAUCUAUGGCAUUGACCUGAUCAGUGUGUAAACAAUCCAACAUGUUGGAAAGAACAUGAUCUAUCAUAUGACAGGGAUUGAAACACACAUCGUGUUUUCAUGAUAGCGAAUGUAACUAUGGAUUGAUGGAAGAAUCUCUCUCUCUCUC